CAUUAUCAAACUUCAUGUCGAGAGGUGGUCAUGGAGGUCUUAGAGGGCGAGAGGACUGGGACAUUCAAGGGCGAACCUCGUCGCAUGUUGCAAAUCUUGGACCGCCGACUGUAGCGGUUAAUCGGGGUCGGGGCGGGCCCAAAAGGGGCGGCAGGAUUCCUGCUGUACUUCCUUCACGUCCGGAGAAUCCAUUAGCUUCGUCGAGCUCUGCGCAGAGACAGCCUUCGCGUCAUGCGAACGCUGGGUCACGGGGAGGUAGAGCAGCACCCCACAGAGGCGUAGGCUUUGGGGGUCCGCCCUACAGGAGACCUCGAGGUCGUCCGGAGAAUCGUGCAAGGGGAGGUCUCCCUUACGGUCAUUCAAACCGAGGGGAAUGGGACGGGUCAAGCAGUCGACCCGUAGCGUCGAGGCCGAACGAUGGUGCGGAUUAUCACAAUGAUCACACAUACCAUGCUGGGCCCUCUAGGUAUCGUGCAUGGAGUCCGUCACAACCUGUCGCGGGGGAGACAAUACCUCAUCCAUCGGCAGUGGCUCGUGGCGCAUCGCAUACACACUUCAUCGACUUUACCGGGGAGGAUGACAGUGCUCCGCCAGUGCCGCCAAACCAGCUUCCGCCGAGGCCAGCCCCGGAGGACGGGGGUCCCGCGACGCCCUUCACCAAGUUGAAAUUUAGACCCAAGAUCACGCCAAGGGAGCCUGCGGCGACUCGGAUGCAGUCUACAGACACUGCGGGACUCGCAACCAGUAAGGGAAAAGAAAGAGCACAAGCGUCAGACGAAGGAGAUGAUGCGCACGAUCAAGAUGUCAAGCAGGAGCUCGGACCGGAGGCAGAGUCUGAGGACGAGGAGAUCGAUGACGCUCGCAAGAGCGAAGGCAUUCUUUCCUUCCGCAAGGAAGACAUACCUGACGCCUGCUAUGGACGAGAUGGUGAACGACAAUCGACGGCCCGAUCAGCAUUCAAGAAGAUUCAAGCUCGUGAAUUGAAAGCAAAGAACAGGAAAAUUGUCAGAACACGCUGGUUACCGGACGGAGUAGCGUUCGAUUGGAUACGGGCUCAGCCGUCUGUAGAUCCUAGCUCGCAGUUCUUCCCCUAUCCAGCACAAUUCGAAACGAAAGAGCUCCGGAAAGCCAACGAAGCGGCCCUUUACGAUUGGAAGAUUGGGCGAGAGUUAGCUGCCAGCGGGAUUGACGCGCAAGGGCGUAGGACCAUCCUGGCUUUGUCAACAAACACUUUUGAUGGUCUCAACAUUCAUACCUCACCGCUCGACGCGAGCCGACCGGCUUACCUUUGCAUCGAUCCCGGUCGCUCAGUGACAUACGAGAGAAAGCUCAGCAGACGAUUGCCGCCCGAGUUCGAGUCUGUCGACACUGGGAAUCUUGACCCAGGCCUGGUCCUUUGGACCAAUGAACAGUGUCAGAGCCAAAUUUGUCCUGAUGAAAAGGGAAGAGCCACACGAUUCGUGGCGUACAGCUUCACUAGCAAAAAGGUACAGAUCAUCGGGCGACGCGACGAGGACUGGCGACAGGCAUCACCCGUCAAGCCGAGUCUGGCGUUACCACGCGAACCAAGCAAGCGAGCGACGGCAGAUGACGAAGAGGACGUUGCACAGACUAAACCGAAGCGAUCGAAAACGAACAUUUCUCAACCUGAAAAGUCAGACACCUCUCGCCUGGAGAGUCUGCGAGCGAACAUGGACACAUUCUUCAGCGACAUUGAUCGAUGGACAUUGAUAGCGAGAGAAUAUCCGGACGACGAGAGGGUUCAAGGUCAAUUACAGAGGAUCCAGGCCGAUAUCUUUAGGCUGCAGGGGGAGAUCAAGGCGGAGAAGGAGUUGCUAGGCAGCAGGGCCAUUCAUCAGCCGUGAUGACUGUCCCAACGUGACCAAUCUAUGCGAUCUGAGCCUUCGACUGUCAUUGGAACCUUGGUCAAGUGCCGCAUCGUCGGUCGACCAUGUGGACAGUUCUGCGGCCGUCAGCCCAGUUCAGCGAUUCACUUACCCAUGGCUGAUCGAUAGUGCCCAUGUUGCGGAGUAACUGAGUCAUUUGCGGCUUUGUCA